CAUCUAUCUCUUCAUCCCAAACCCUUCCAAUGGAGCAGCUCGAGGUCCACGACGACAUCUUCGCCGCCUAUCAUAUUCCCAAGAUCUCUACUCCAUCCACAUCUUCAUCAAGCACAGUUUCCAGCACACGGGCGCAAAGGGGGAAGGGAAAGCAGCGAGCAGCGUCAAGUGAAGUCGAAGAAGAAACACAUGUGGCGACGCCAGAAGAAGAAGCACGUGGCAGCUCUGGCAGAAAGAAGAUGGCUGGGCAAAACAGACAAGAGGCCGGCAUGACUCGAGCGAGAGCCAGAAUGACCAAUGUUGUAAACGGAUACUCUCCAUACGGUGCGAGUCAGAGGAAAGGAGCGGCCUUAGGUCGAGCAAGUCUUGCGAAAGCCGUACCACAAAGCGAAUUCUAUUCCAACCCCAAGGCUUCCGGCUCACGAGAACUCAACACUCCUACCCAACAGAACACCCGUGCCAGCACCUCAAAUACCCGCUCUCUGUCAAGGAAUCAACUACUCGCUAAUGCCCGGGGCACUCAUUCUGCUGGCUUACAUGAUGAUAGUGAUGAUGCUGAGGGAUCCCCGGUACGAAGGGCGUACAAGCCUGAUGAAACAGAAGAUGAUGUCCCUGUUCUUGUCGAAUUACCGAACAAAGAACCCUCCAGCGCCCAACCUACAAGACGCACAGGUGGAGAGCAAGGGACAAAUUCAAAUCCCUUCAAAGGCAAGGGGAAAGCUGCAGAUGUAUUCGGGAAUCAUCGCGACGCCCGGCAUCCUCAACCUUCUCGUGCGGCCAAAAAUGACGAUGAAGUCGAGUAUAUGCCGCAUGGGGAGGUCAAAAUUACAAAGGAGAUGCGUGUUGCCGAGUUAGAUAUGCUUACGAAGCAGGUGACGCCGAGGUUUGGGCAGAGGCAACGGCGACCGAUGAAUAACAAGGACGGAAAUCAGGUCAAGAUUUCAAAUCGUGCGCCAACCCAAGUUCUAAAGAGUCCCGGUGAUUCUGUUCCACUUAAUUUCAACCUUGCAUGGAUCUCCCCAAACACAAUCUUGCGGUGCACCGGGAUAACGUUUGACGGAAAAGAGCUGAGAUUGGCAUGUGAAGGCGGAGGCUCAUCAUGGAAAAUUGAUUUCAAGAAAAUGAUUAGUAUACAGUUGUGCACAAGCCAAGAACAUCCUUUCAUUUGUUUCGAAGUGAACCCCAACGACACCGAUCGUGAUUCAUUCAGUAAUCUUUUGGACGGAAAGAAACUGAAUUUUGAGGGCACAGUUCAACUUUGCAUAAAGCCUUCUAAAUCAUUGCAAACUGCUCAAAGGCUCGAUACGUUUUUGUCACGAUUGAGAUCUCAAGCGGUUGGCCGAGUCGACGAGCUAGACCAAGCAUCUUGCAAGCUGCUCUCCGAGUCGUGCAACUCCCAAGUCCUCGAUACUAGGGCCCGUCAUGAAGCUCAGCGACGUGUCAAAGCGGCGGAAGCAGCCGAGAAACGGAUUGCAAGUCGGGCCUCUUCCCCCAUAGACUCGUGGCCGUACGGAAUCGACGAUAAAAAAGAAGAAAAGGAGAAGAAACCUGCCGCCAAGGGAGGUAGAGGUAAAAAGAAAGAAGAGCAAGGAGAUCGGAAUCAGAGUAAACUUAACUUGUACGUUUUUUUCUCCUGCCAAACAGCAAGGCGUGUUUUGACGAUUUUGUGCAGCGCCCCUCAACCUGUUGUGCCCGUUCGUCGGAGUUCACGUCGUUCGACUAACAAGCUCAUCGAAGAAAUUUCCUCUGACGAUGAAAGACCUGUACACGUCUCCAAGGAACCGCCACCAGCGAACAAGAACGAGUUAUACUUCUGUUAUCCACCAACGGAAAAGGCUGCGGUGAGCAUCACACAGGGCGAUAAGUACAGAGUAAAGGUUGGCGAGUUCUUAAAUGAUACUUUGCUGGAAUUUGGUUUAAGGCAUGUGUUGAGUCAAGUGACCGAUGCGAGAAGAGAGGAAACUCAUGUUUUUAAUUCGUUCUUCUAUGGUAAACUGUCGAACAAGUCGAAAGGGAAUAAACCUACAUCUGAAGGCUGGCCAGCGUACAACUCCGUCCAGAGGUGGACUCGAAAUAAGAAUGUUUUUGAUAAGCGGUUCAUCAUCGUGCCAAUCAAUGAACACUUUCAUUGGUACUUGGCUGUCAUAAUCAACCCUCGAGGUAUCCUUCGGCCCCGUGCUCCAGAACCUGCCCUAGAAAUCUCUCGUCCUAACACACGCGCCACAGCCGGAACUAUGGUUGGUGGAAGUCCUGGGCAUCACUAUUCAGAGCUUAUGGAAGAUCCCAAGAUCGAAGCUGGACCUGAACUUUCCGCAGAGGCACAAGCACACAAGGAUGCAUCGCUCGAAAAAGAAAAGGGAACCCCUGGUUUACCUUCUGCGCAAUCCAAUCAGUCUCCCAAGCGAUCCCUAGCCCAAUCUCUUACGCCUCCAAAAACUCGAAAAUCUCCUUUUUUCCAGUCGUCACCGUUAACGCCUGCACCAGAAGACGGCGAUGGAGAGUUCCCACAUCCAGGAGAUCAGUCUGUAGAUCCACUCGAUGUCAUGAGCCAGCAGACAGAUACUGAGAGGGACGAAGAUAUAGAGAUGAAGGACGUGCGCAAUGGAGUGCAGGAAAUUGACUUGGAUGGACCGCCCAACUCCAAAAAUGAAAAGGAUGGAAGUGGUGAUGAGGGAACUGGGGGUUUUAUUGUCACUCCGACACUGCUGGCUAUGCAGCAGCAGCAGAAUCAAGUUGAAAAGGGUGCCAAGCUACCUAUGGUUACCACUGUGGUUGAUGAUGACGAGGAAGGGGCGAAAGCCAAGGCAAAGAAUUCAGCAUCAGCGAAGAAGGGGAAGUCCAAGGGACAAGAUGCCAAUUUUGAAGACGGCCGUACAUGGAUUAUCACCUUUGAUUCUCUUGGAGGCGCUCACAGGGCGGUUGGCACCAAUCUUUCAAGAUGGUUGCAGUAUGAAGCUAAGAAUAAGCUUAAUAUUGACUAUGAGCCUGAAGACGCGCAGUACUGGCACGGCAAAGUACCCCAGCAAGGAAAUUUUUAUGACUGUGGCUUGUUCGUAGUCCAUUAUGCCAAGCAGCUUUUGCAACGGCCUGAAGAAGUUCUCUCUUUCGUACAACGUCGUCAACCUCCCGAAUGGUCUCCUGAAGUUGGUGAAUGGCGAGCCGACCUUGACAGGUUUUGGCAAGCCUCUGAAACCAAAAACCUCCGUAUAUCCUGGGUCGUAACCAUGGAUGACCUGGCUAGCGAGUGGGGGAAGAUCGAAAAGGAGAGGCCAAAAGCGGCGGAUGAUGCGGAGGGCGAAGGGGAUGCGAGUCAAGUCGAGGAAGUGACCAAGGAGGAAAGAGAGGCGGAAGCGCGUAUGGAGAAGGAGGUGGAGCAGGAGUUGAAGCGACGGCAGGAGGAAAUCGACAAGGGCGAGGGGGGAAAGGGAGAAGGAGAGAGAGAUGGAGAAGGCGACGAAACUAGAGAGGGGUCAGAAGCGACCGAGAAAGACAUGGAGAAAGAACAACCUCCAGAUGAAAAUGCCGAAGACCCUGAACUUCCCCUUCAUCCCGAUUUCGAUCCUUCCCUAGACCUCCAGCUCGACCCCGAAUUCGAUCAUUCAGAAAACUCCACAUCUACACCUGUUACAUCCCAAACUAAACAAAUUUCUGCUUCCGCUCGGCUCGAGCCGGCAUCCCCAGAUUCAUCUGUUGUUAGCGACGCUUACGCUGAAAAGGGUACCAGCACCGUCGCCGAUGCUGAUACCGCAAUGGAGAGUCAACAGGACGAUGCGGCUAUCAACUGGGAGAGUCCUAUACCGAUCAAACCGGCUCUAGACUUCUUCGAUCGAGAUCAAGCGACUGCAGAGGUGGAGCAAGAAAGUAAGAUGAAUGGCGAGGUAGCCAUGCUGAUAGAUGAUGGCGACCUGGUCCCUUCCUCACCCUUGCCAUCGCAAUCUCUGCGGACUCAUAUUUCUCCAAGUCAUGGGACCCAUCUUAGAUUUGAAGAAGAGGACGAACCGGAAAGUGAAAUGCCUGGGAAUGAGGUAAAGAAGGAGAAAGCGUCAGUUUUGGUCAAGAGUCUGCGUCAACAGAAAGAGGAAGAGGAGGAGAAAGAAGAGGAAGAAGAAGUAAAGAACACAGUCAGACCUUUGCCCCGCAGCAGCCGUUUUUUCGCACCUUCCAACGACUCUACACCUCAUAUCACAAAACCUCCUUUCAGAUCAUCAGCUGCCAAAAAGCCCAGACACCAUGCAGACAGGGCGAGUAGUCCGAUUGACGAUGGGCCAUUUGCAGGUUUAAGCGAAAGCGCACCAAACGCCAGUUCUAGAUCGAGGUCGGGGUCCAUUCACAGAUCGGCUUCAGUCUCCAGAAAGGCGUCUGACACAACCAGAGACGACGGCGAGGACAGGGUCAAUGAAGCUGAUGAAGACAGACUGGAAGGCGAGCGAGAGAGUACAGCCUCACGCGUGUCGUCACCCAAGAAGCUUGCCCCUGCUAGCACAUACGCGCCCACAUCUGCAAGAAAGGCGCCAAAGAGAGUUGCAGGAAGGAAUGAUGCAGAGACUAGGGCCAAUAAGCGGACAAAGGGAGGAAGUAAGGGUAAGGGAAGGCCGUCCACGGGUGCAUCGAGGGAUGAAGCUAUCGAGUUGGAUUCAGAUUAGUAGAAUCAAGUUCUCAUAAAACAAAUUUGUAUAAUGUAGUAAGCAAGGUCAUUUGUUUGUUUUUUCUGUGCACUGUAUCUAUGCAUUGCAUUGGGGU